AUGUUGCAGUUUUUCUAUAGUGGUUGCCCUCCUUCUACAGCAAAUGUUGACGAAGUUUUUGUUAUUGCACACAAAUAUGAAGUCGAGCCGUUAAAAUAUGAAUGCGAAAUUAUUAUAUCUUCCCAGAUUUCGGAAAUCAAUUUUCUUCAAUAUUGUGGGACUAUUUCUUUGUACGGAGCUCCAACUGUGGAAAAGGCUUGUAUAAAUUAUAUUCGAAACAACAGGAAAAUUUUUCUGAGUAGCAAUGUGUGGGAAGAAGUGAAAAAUACAUAUACAAAACUGGCCCUUCAAUUUUUGGAAUUACUCGUAAUUGACGAUAUCGACAAGGAAUGA